AUGGACGUCCCUGGCAUUGCAUUAAUCACUGGAGCCGCAUCAGGCAUCGGGAGAGCUUGCGCAAAUGCAUUCGCCAAUGAAGGUGCUUCCGGUCUAGCUCUUCUUGAUAUGAAUCAAGAAGCCCUCGACGCAGUGAAAGCCGAGAUUGAAGCAAGCCAAAAACAAAAGGGCAAUACUACCCCCCUCCGGAUCGAAGUUUUCUCCGCCAAUAUCGCAGACGAGUCUAGAGUGGACGAAGUAGUGGAGGGGGUCGCUCAAACAUUCGGUCGUUUGGACUAUGUGGUUAACGCCGCUGGUAUCGCAAUGAAGCACCCUGGCGGAGCUGCCUUCUGCGAGACAAGCGACUGGGAGCGGAUUUUGAAUAUCAAUUUGACAGGGACAUUUUUUGUUCUCCGAGCUGCAGCUAAGAUCAUGCUUAAGCAAGAGCCUAUCAAAUCCAGCAUCACUGGCAGACCCUUGCAACGCGGCUCGAUUAUCAACUUUUCGUCUAUUCAAGGAGUCGUCGGCAUUCCUCUUUCAACGGCGUAUACCGCAAGCAAGCAUGCUGUUAUCGGUCUCACAAAGACCGCCUCGGACGAUUACGCGAGCCAAGGCUUGCGCAUUAAUGCUAUUUGUCCCGGAUAUACCGAGACGCCGCUUACAACCAAGUCGCCGGAGAUUCUGAAGGCUAUGGUAGAGCGGGUCAGUACGAUGGUGCCUAUGGAACGGAUGGGUAGGCCCGAUGAAAUCGCUGAUGGGGUCUUGUAUCUUGCUGGAGGUCGGAGCUCUUUUGUUACUGGGUCAAAUCUGAUGGUGGAUGGUGGAUAUACCGCGCGAUAA